AUGGGUGUCUGCUCUAUUUCGACUCCUCCCCGUACCGACUUCCCGCCGCACUUCACGCCCCCACGUCGACCCCCGUCUGGCUCGCCACCAGCGUUCCCUAAUCCGUCCGAAUGGAGAACACCUGAUGACAAGCCCAUAUGCUUCUACUGUCACAGAAUAGGACACAUAUCUCGUCAUUGCCGAAGUCGCUUGGGUCCUCCUGCACAAAAUUUCCCGCCUUCCUUCAAUAAUCGUCCCGCUCCUCGUUCUGCAACCAGCCCAGACCACUCUGUCCCUCCUGCCUACUUCGCCCCUCCGGCCCACUACGCCCCUCCGGCCCACUUUGCCCCUCAGGCCUACUCUUCCCAUCAGGACCACCUUGCCCCCCACGAUCCCCACUACUCCCGCUCUCCCUCACCCCACCGUCGCCAGUCCCGUUCGCCUCAGCCUCGACGACCACCUUCCCCCGCUCCCCCACGACGUUCGCCGAUGGAAAACUAA